GUGUUGGAAAGCGAUUCAAAGCACGCUGUUUUAAUUCCCAUCAUACAACAAUUUCCAUCAUACAAAAAUUUCCAUCAAGUUCAUUUCAAGUGACACUGCAAAUAUAAUUUAAAAUACAUUUUUAAGAUAAUGUCACCCCGUAGAAGUGCACGUAUCAUGGCUCUAAAGGGCGCUUCCAGUGAGGCGGCUCACCGCCGCGCUGCGUUCCUUCGCGCAGCACAACGCCUUGCUGCCGCCGGUUCCAGGCGUCCAAAUUAUUACCCAACCAGGAGCAAUACCAGGGCCCUCCAGGCGAAUCGCCGCCGAACCACUGUUGAUAUUAUGGUAGGAAAUAUGGCCAAUCGUGUGAACACAUUCGGUGUACGCGCGGAAGAAGAAAAUCCAGCUCAAAUUGCUAUGGGCCAUCGCCGCCUCCAAAUCGAGUUGGCGAAAAUGAUGAGCAAUCCGACGGAAGGGUGUCAGGUGAUGUUACUUGACAAUUCUAUCUACAACUGGAAGGCCAUCAUUAUCGGGCCCGCGGAUACGCCCUAUGAGGGCGGACAUUUUGAACUGAGCAUUCUAUUUCCAAAUUUGUAUCCGUGUGAACCACCGACUUGUGAAUUCCUCACAAAGAUUUACCAUUGCAACAUAGAGUGUGGCUUGAUCUGCUUAGAUAUACUGGAGACGGAAUGGUCGGCGGCCCUGACAGUGGAAAAGUUACUUUUGUCCAUCCUAUCGCUGCUGUCGGAUCCCAAUUCCCACAGCCCCAUGAAUUCGGAUGCUGCCAAAAUGUACCUGAAGAACCGCACAGAGCAUGACCGCACUGCACGCGAGUGGACCGCUCUCUACGCCAAGCCCGACACCUCCACCCCAAUAUCUGAUGAAUAAUCUUUCAAUAAUUUUUAAAAUUCUUGCUGCUGGACAAAUGGACACAAGCUACAUG